GCUGCUCGGCUGUAGAUGAAGAGAAGCCACCUCAGCCAAUCAGAGGAGCGCUUACUGGUCGCGAGCAGCAACGGACACGCGUUUCAACAGAACUCACAGGCAUCAAAAUAUUGGAGGCUUAAAAUGAUGAAUCUGGGUGAUGGUCUGUUGUUUGAGUUGGAGAAUGGCAAGCCCAGGCUUGUGUUGGCUAAAUAUGGUGCUGAAUCUAAAUCUUCUAAUAAGAAGGGCUGUUGUCGGAUUCCUCCAAGGAAAAAAACACAGAAAAUCAUCAGCUCAAAACAAGGUCCUCCUCAACCAGACAAAGCUGAACAGGAGAGAAAGAGCAAAGACACACCAGCUGUUAGUUCUGUAGAGCAGAAUAUCACUCACGGACCCAGAGUGACCAACGCAAAGCAUAGCACGGAGGCUCUGAGAGUCCAGUCAGGGAGCAACAAGAAUGAUUCUUGCAUAGUCACACAGCAGAAAGAGAGUGUAGUAUGUUUGACACAGGAGCAGUUUCAGCAGAUACUGAGCACAAUCAACAGCAAAUCUGCUGCAAAUGCACUGCAUGGACCGAACACACACACCCACACAGCAGAACCUGCUGCCAGCUCAGAGGAAAACAGUCAUGGAACUAGAGAAGCAGCUAAAGAUUUCAUCCCGGAUGGCCGUCAUUAUGAACACAGAGUGUCACAAGUAAAGACAGACAGAGAGUUUCUAUCAGAUGGGCAGCAUUCAGGGUUGUUCAGCACAUUUGGAGAAAGGGAAAGGGACAAAGACAAACUGGAAGCCAGAAAAGCUCAAUGGAGGAGAGAGCUGGAUGAGCAGAUGGCUCUAAAAAGGCAGCAAAAAGCCAGUGUCAAACAUAUGAGAGCUCAUGAUGAAUCAUGUAAAGCGAGACUGAAAGACGUGCCUGAAACAGAUGGGAUGAGCACACGGAAUGCUGCUGAAAUAGAGAGUUCAAAGUGCAGAGCUCUAGCUCAGACACAGCGAGAGCUGCCCGCUGCCAUCCGCUCGGCCUUUAUAGUGGGGGAAGCAGCUCCUAUGGAGAACGUGUUCAACACUCAGAGAGAGGAACAGCAGAGGCGAUGGUUACAGGAACUGGACCAGCAAAGAGAAGAGGCCAAACUACGCCGACAAAAAGACAAAGAAAUUAACAGCCAGGUCGAGGACAUCGAGCGGUGGGCCGUUCAUUUUGACUCUCUGCAUCAGCCCUCAACAGUAGGCCCUGAUCGAGGGGUGCCUGACAUGAGCAGCUGUUUAUCUCAUCAUCGAUCUGUUUCAGGAGCCCGGUCCACUGCAUGGGAGGGCAUGAGCACAUUUGGAGGGGACAGUCUGGGGAGGGCCAGCGUUGACACCACUCAGGGAAACCAACAGAGAUCCAGUUAUCUUCGCACAAUGACAGCCUUGUUGGACCCUGCUCAGAUCGAGGAACGAGAACGCCAGAGACUCAAACAGCUUGAGCACCAGCGAGCAAUUGAGGCUCAAGUAGAGGAGCGCAGACGUCAGAAAGAGAAAGAGGAGGCCACACGACGAGCACAGGAACAAGAAGAAGAAAGGAGGGUUGAAAGAGAACGAGAACGACUCCAGCAGCAGUAUAUAAAUGACACAGAGCGACAGAGACACAGAAAGGAGGUGAAGUCACGUAAAACUGAGGAGCUGUAUCAGAGCAUUCAAAGAGCCCAAGAGGAGGCGAUUAAAGACAGACAGUUCGAGAGAAUCAGAGACUUGGCCAAGAAAGGCCAUGAUGUGUCCAAACUACUGCACAGCCUGGAAGGAGACUCAGUCUCACAGGCCUUCAGGGGUCCAGAUUUACCUGGUUCAUCAGCAAUCUUAACAUCGUCCAAGAGUCAAACCCAGAGAAUGGCACCUCCUUCCACAACAUCUCCAAGAAAAGACACUGCUGUUCAGACAGAGAUCAGUCAUCAGCCUGAGAAUGAGACUGUUAGAGAUCAAUAUAAACAAUCUCCUGCUGCAGUAAUACACACAGCUCCUCCCAACACUCUAAAUGGCAAGAAAUCCCAUCAUGGUGAGGUACAAGCAUCUAAAAAGAGCAAAGAUCAUCUGUCUACUGCACCUAAAGAAGUCAGAGCCGACCCUUAUGAGCCUUACGCACGGACCGGCAGGAACCACAAACAGGAAAAAAGGCCUGAGUGGAACACACAGCGACCCAGUAAAGCGUUUGUCCCUGCUUCUGAGAGGUACCCUGAAGCCCUGAAGAGACACAGGCAGGAGAGCAGGAGACAGAGGCAGAUAGAGCUCAUGACACUGGUGGAAAGAAACACGCUCUCACGAACACCGCAGCAAGAGCUGCUACCACCAGCAUGCGCUGUUAAUAAUCAAAAACCUCAAACGCAGAGACACAGAAAGUCACCACAACCACAGAGUGAAAAUCAACUCCAAGAACCAUCAGCCUUCAGUGCUAGUAGGAUGACGUCUCCCAUUCCUGCAGUAAAGAACCGUGCACAUCAGCCAUCACAACAGGCCUCUCGUCAAAUGAAGGAUAUGGGGCGCCCUCCGUUAUUAGACUAUGUGCCCUAUGUGCGUACAGACGAGGUUUAUCAAAUGGACCCCCUGGCUCCUCUUUCCAGACCCUCAACAAACGAAGUCCAGCAGAGAGGCGACGCAGUUGUGAGCAGCAAGAGGCAGGCAACACCUCUGGUCCAGCACGACCCCGACGCCCCUAAAAGCACUGAAAGGCAGCAGGCUAUACUGAAGGGUCUGUCCGAGUUAAGACAGGGCCUGCUGCAGAGACAAAGAGAGCUAGAAACUAGUUUAAACCCUUUACUGCAAACACAACAGAGAAACUACGUUUCACCUUUUAAACAUGUGUGACCCAAAGCUGCUUCCCAAACAAGACCAAACCCGGUCCAGCACUUUAUACUGUUAGAUGUGAACACUGAAUCUUGUUUUUUAAAAACGGAGAUUUUCCUAUUUGAAAAACUAAUAUCUGUUAAUAAAAUAUUUGUUAGACA